CCCCGUCUCGUCGCCGUCAGGCGUCAGUAACAGUUCGUCUUUCGUCGAUAUCUCGUCGCGCUUCGUCCUCCAGAGUCUCACGAGUGCCUUUCAAGUGCCCCGAGUGCUGAGUGCGCGUCAGGCAGUCGGCCGCCUUUCUAUCCGAUCUGGAGAUUCACGAGGGGAACGACGGCCGAGCAGAGGAAAUUAUGUUUGAGAGAGGUGUGCAAGCUGGCUGACACUAAGUACAGAACUUUACACAGGCCACCGCCUGUUGUAUGGUCGCACGGAAGGAGUCAACGUAGUCUCAACUAGUCUUCCGCGUUCGCCACGUCCGAUUCCGACAGUGUUCGAAAUGCACAUAACGGAAAUUUCCAAGGAGCACGAUUGGAAGAGCUGGGCCAUUAAUAUUGCCAACUUUCCUGGCGCCACGUCUGAGGCAGGGUCCAGGGGGGUGGACAUGACUGCAGAGACUUGGCAUCUCUCUCCGCCAAGGGGCGAGUCAAAGAGGAUCUACGAUCAUGAACAUGCCGCCAUGGAAGCCUGGCUUGACGACCACACCGAUUUCGUGCACGACUACUUUAUCAGGAAAGCGACUAGGCAGAUGGUCGAUUCGUGGCUUGUGUCGCACGCUUCGCCUUCGGGAGGGAGCGCGAGCGGCGCCUGUUGCACGGAUUCGGGAUGCCCCGCCUCCAGGGCGUCAUCGGGGGCGGCGACGCCCGUCAGGAAAGUCUCGGCCCACGAAUUCGAGAGGGGCGGCCUCCUGAGGCCGAUGGUGACGACCGUCGACGGGACGCCGACCUUCCUCUCCGUCUCGCCGCCGCCCCCGCCUCACUCGCCACUCCUGGGAGCCGCCUCCCAGACCGACGGCCUCCAGCAGCCUCAGGCCGUGCGGAUGUCAAGGAGCGACCUCAGGAACCUAGAUGAAAAGGAGCUCAUCUUUGAACUUGUCAAAGAUAUUUUUAAUGAACUUGAAGUGAAAUCUCUUUGUCAUAAAAUCCUACAAAAUGUGAGCACCCUGCUGAAAGCUGACCGGGGCUCACUUUUCCUCGUACAAGGCGAGAGGCCUCAGUGCACAUCGAGAGCAAACAUUAAACCCGUGGGCUGUCUUCAUCCUGAUGAUAACUCACAGAAGCCUUCCAUUCCUAAUCAUUCUUCUGGAUGUCACUCUAGGUGUCUUGUUUCCAAGUUGUUCGAUGUCUGUUCAAGGUCGACCUUGCAAGAGAUGGAAUGUCAAGAAGAGAUUCGGAUACCCUGGGGUAAAGGUAUUGUCGGUUUUGUUGCCGAAACUGGCGAAAGUGUAAAUAUACCUGAUGCUUACAAAGAUGAAAGGUUCAACCAAGAAGUGGAUGCACGGACUGGUUACAGGACCCGAUCACUACUUUGUAUGCCUAUUAAAGAUCUGAAUGGAGAUGUAAUAGGUGUUGCACAGGUUAUAAAUAAAAAAGAAGAUACACAUUUUACACACAACGAUGAAAAGAUAUUUUCCAGUUACCUUCAAUUUUGUGGAAUAAGCCUGAGAAAUGCCCAACUGUAUGAAAAAAGCCAAUUGGAAGUGAAAAGAAACCAGGUCUUGUUGGAUUUGGCGAGAAUGAUAUUUGAAGAGCAAAGCACAAUCGAACACAUGGUAUUCAGGAUACUGACGCAUACGCAGUCCCUCAUCCAAUGUCAAAGGGUUCAAGUUCUUCUGCUACACAAAGCAAAUCUUGGGAGUUUCUCCCGUGUUUUUGAUUUUGAAGCAAAUGACUUGGAGGCAGUGAAGGGGAAUGAAGAUGAGCGAAUAAGCCCAUUUGAAAGCCGCUUCCCUAUUAACAUCGGCAUUACUGGAGCCGUUGCGACAUCUGGUGAGACGAUUAAUAUAAUAAAUGCCUAUGAGGAUUCAAGGUUUGACCCAAACGUGGAUGAAGGUACUGGGUUCAGGCAUAGAAGUAUCUUGUGCAUGCCAAUCAAAAAUUCUACAGGAGAAAUUAUUGGUGUCAUUCAGUUGAUAAACAAGUUCAAUGAGCUCCCAUUUACAAAAAACGAUGAAAAUUUUGUGGAGGCAUUUGCAAUAUUUUGUGGAAUGGGAAUCCACAAUACUCAUAUGUAUGAAAAGGCUGUGAUAGCAAUGGCUAAACAAAGUGUUACUUUAGAUGUUUUAAGUUACCAUGCAACCGCAACACUGGAAGAUGCUCAGAAAUUAAGAGCACUCAGGGUUCCAUCGGCUACAAUAUUUGAGCUGUAUGAUUUUAAAUUUGAUGAUAUUCUUCUCUCAGAUGAUCAAACACUCACAGCCUGUCUAAGGAUGUUUCUGGAUCUCGACUUCGUCGAAAGGUUCAGCAUAGACUAUGAGGUCCUUUGCAGGUGGUUGUUGAGCGUGAAAAAAAAUUACCGGAAUGUGACAUAUCACAACUGGAGGCAUGCCUUCAACGUUGCACAGAUGAUGUUUUCCAUCAUAACCGCAACUCAAUGGUGGAAGAUAUUCGGCGAUAUCGAAUGCCUGGCAUUGAUUAUUGCCUGCCUUUGUCAUGACCUCGACCACCGAGGGACUAAUAAUUCGUUUCAAAUCAAGGCGUCGUCACCACUGGCACAGCUUUAUUCAACAUCGACAAUGGAACAUCAUCAUUUUGACCAGUGUCUCAUGAUCCUCAACAGUCAGGGUAAUCAGAUUCUUGCCAAUCUCUCGCCAGAAGAAUAUUCCAGAGUUAUCAAAGUAUUAGAGGAUGCCAUAUUGGCAACAGACCUUGCCGUAUAUUUCAGGAGGCGAGGAAAAUUUCUCAAUUUGGUGAACACAAACACGUACAGGUGGGAACUCGAGGAACACAGGGAGCUGUUACGAGCUAUGUCUAUGACCGUCUGCGACUUAGCCGCUAUCACCAAACCUUGGCCAGUUGAAAAGAGGGUGGCUGAACUUGUGACAAGGGAAUUUUUUGAACAAGGUGAUCUUGAGCGGCACGAGCUUAAAAUUACCCCAAUUGAUAUGAUGAAUCGAGAAAAAGUUGACAAGCUACCUGAAAUGCAAGUUGCUUUCAUUGAUUCUAUUUGUCUUCCAAUUUAUGAUGCUUUUGCAUUGUUGUCGGAUGAGUUGGUACCGCUUCUGGAAAGAUCCAAAGAAAACAGGCAAAACUGGAUAAACGCCUCAGUUCAGAUAAAUACAGAGGGGGAGAUUUCAAGUUUAAACAUGCAGACGUAGCAAAUCUAAUGUUUUAUAUAUAUAAAUUAUGUGAUGUUUUGUAAAUUUUAAAAUUAAUUGUAAAUAUUUGUGAAAGAGGAAGAUAAAAAGAUGCCUUGUUUAAAGAGACAAAAAAAUAUGCAAUGUCUUAGUUCAUAUAGGAAUUGUGUGGACAGAUAAUAGAAGUUGUUUUAUAAACAAUUUAAUCCUAUGUAAAGAAAUUCAAAAUAUAAUUAUUUAAUCAUUUUAUUUAAAA